UGGAUAUGGCCCGCAGGCCGAAAAAGGUUGGGCAUCACUGCCCUAAAGAAAUGAUCCAGCCAUACGAACAUCCCGGAUAGCUGCUCUCGCACGGGUUUCACGACUUUUGCUACUUUUUUUUGUACCUGCUCACUCAAAACGCACGCACGCACGCACGCACACGCACACACAUACGCACACCGCAUUCAAAGAGGGAAUUAUCGUGAUUCCUGACACCGAAUUUGCAUAAUUAGAGAGUUUGCGCGUGAGCUUUACCCCUUUAGUGUGUUUAGGUGAUUACGAAUAAGUGAACGUUUACUGGGAGUAGAAAGGGAAGUUACUGAGGUUAGCAAGUUAUCCGCUAGAGUUGUCCGGACAUUAAUUGAACGCUUCAUGGCGUCCGUUGUUGCGGCCCUAUGGUACUCAAAGGAGCAGCAAGGAAUAAACUAAACUCAUGUCGUCUCUACAGAAUUGAGAGAUACUACACGAAAAAAUUGGUCCAUAAGAAAGGCUUGUAAUGAUUGACUACUGCCUUUUGACACGACCAAAUUUGGAUUAAAAAACAUGGAACAAAGAGAGAUCGCACAGAAAUUAGCAGCGGCCAUUGAUUGCAGGAACUGGGUCGUCGUCAGAGACCUGCUGUGUGACGAGGAUGUGGAUGUGGAUGUGGCUGACGUUGAGCGAUAUCUCGUCCUCCACACCCUGGCUUCCACUCCAGACAUCAGCCUCUCGCUUGUAGAAGACAUCGUGGACGAGAUCUUGUCACGUGACGUGGACAUUAACAUGACCGACGAAAAUGGUGACACGGCUGUCAUGGUGGCCGCCAGAUGUGAGAACUGGAAGGUCGUGUGGCUUCUGAUGUCUAGAGAGGGGUCGCUACCUGACAAAGACCGCGUGAUUGUUUUUCUGAGGACCGUGGGUCGUAGUGAGCACAUGAACAAAAACUGCGGAUUGAGCGUUCAUAUUUUAUGCUGUUUAUGGGAAAGUCUCAAUCAGACGAUACCUGAAUGUCACCACAGAGCCAUACACGAGGUAUUAAUUCAUGUUGCAGCCAAAGUGAACUGUUGGUGGCUGGUCCGUGACCUCUUAACAGCCGAUAUUGCUAACACUCUAGAUGAAGAAGGGUUGGGACUUGUUCACAGACUUGCUAAAGGCAGCAUGAAUCAUCAUAUUUACCUCUUAAACAAACUGCUUGAAAAUGGCGGUGAUAUUAACUUAAAGAAUGUAGAUGGUGACACAGCUACUCACGUUGCCGUAAAAAGCAAGAACUGGAAUAUGUUGGAUGCCUUGUUGCGGCGAGGGGCUAGAGUCGACAUCGCCAACAACGACAACCACACUGUCUUACACACACUGGUUUUUCAUCUUUGUUCUCUUCAGGAGAUCUGGAAAAGUGCUGACACCAUUUUCUCAUUGCUGCAGAAAAACUGCUCGAACAUAGAUGCACGUGUAGGGGGAGGGGACACCGCCCUGCAACUAGCAGUCAAAGAAAGAAACAGUCUAAUCGCGGAAAAGUUGCUGACUUUGGUGCGCGUGCUGAUGUGCAGGAUGAAAUGGCAGAACUGUGCUGCACACAAUGGCGACACAAACAGGAAUAUUCAUCUUCGUUGUUAAAAAAGCUAUUGCAUGCGGCGCAGGUUUAGAAAUCAAGGAUUCAGAAGGAAACACUGCUUUACAUUUAGCUGCAAAACUUGGCAACUGGGGGUAUGUGAACGAUUUGAUAGCUGAUGGGGCGGUAGUAACAGAGCCUGACAGUGAUGGCUGUACAGUUUAUGACAGGAUUUUCAUGCGAUAAAACUUCAUACAUUUGUCUUGACUCCCUUCUCUUGAAAGAUUUCCACUUAACGUGCAACUGCAUUUGGCUGUGAAACUUGAGCGUUGGAAAGAUUUUCAAAACCUUGUUGGGAAAGGUGCACCUAUUAAUCAACGUGACCCCUUAGGCUUUACAGUGCUUCAGAGACUUGCACAGAUGGACUCGAUGGAAUCUAUAGAGAAAGUCUUCCGAUUUCUGGUGAAUAGGGGCGCAGACAUCACCGUACGAACCCCGGAAGGUGACAACCUGCUGCAACUGGCCGCCAAACACAAAAAUUGGCCAGUCGUAGAGCUAAUGUUGAAACGAAGGGCAAGUCCUUAUGAACCAGACAGCGAGGGAUUUUCUGUCAUUCAUAGACUUGCCGAAUACACAGGGAGAAACCUCUCAGCUCUUUUUAUGCUUUUUAACAAAACUGCAGUGAUGACAUCACGGACCCCAAGUGGUGAAACAUUUUUUACAGCUUGCAGCAAAACAUGGAAACAUCCCUGUGGUGAAAUACCUGGUUCAGGAAGGUAAUGUGGCAAACAUAAACCAAGUGGACAGUGAAGGUUUAA